GAAUAAAUCAAAGCGGUAUCCUCUGCAUGAAGCUACUUGCUUCUUUUUUGGAUUUUCUGAAGGAGCGAAUGUUCCAAAUUACGGUUUCGUGGGCUGCUACUUUUACACGAAUCAGAUGAAGCAGUUCACUAGAUUUAAUCUAUCAAGAGUUAUCGGUCCAUUAACAGUGCAUAGUUGUGUGCAGAGCUGCAUGCAACAACACUGGAAGUACGCUGGCCUGAUGGCAGGUACAAAGUGCUACUGUGGAAAAAGUUAUAAUCAGACAUUUGCCGUAGACCAGAAACACUGCGAUAAAAAGUGUGAAGACAACAGGUUCUUACAGUCUUGUGGAGGGGCAAAAUACAUGGACAUUUACAAUACGGAUUACGAUGUAAGGCUGCUGCUCAGUAUUCCGGGAAAUAACACUAAUUUUCUAGAGGUCUGGAACAGAUCAACAGGAGGGACAUUCGAAAAUAUGUUCAUCGAUGACAGUUUAAGAAGCCCAUUAAUUGAUAGAUGGAAUACAAUGACACCAGAAUAUGUUUCGGUAAUGUUGUUCAACCGGUACGGACAGCCUCUCUGGUCAAUUGACUUUUUCACCAAUGACACUAACUCAUCCAGAGUGAAGCACUGGAUGACGAAGGAGUGGAUCCUUCCAAACAAAUAUUAUAACAAUACCAUGAAAAACAGUAUCUUCAUUAACGUAAACGAGAGCAGUGGAGAAAUAAAGAUAGAUGUAAGCAAUGGAAGAAAGAAGGCCAGGUUUGCUCAUAGAUACCGGAAUCACUCCAGUAACACGAUGACCGUAUUUUCUCCCCAUGAAGACGGACAAUAUGGUCUCCUGCAAGAGGCGACCGAAAGUAGAUCCGAUCAGGGUGAUGAGACAGGGCCUAAAUUGACAAAAUUGGAAAUGAAGAACCAUAGCUGCGACCAUGGUAACAUUACAAAAAAGACAGCUGUAUACAUAUGUUGUAUUGAAUCACAUCAUUACAAUGGGACGUACGUGGAGAUGGAAUUCUGGCCUUAUGAAGGGACUAAAUCAAAAAUUGUUAAAGUUUCUGGUAAAGUCUUCAUUUAUGAACACGAGAUUGAGUUUGUGUUGAGUCAUGACACAGUUACAACAUGUACAAUGACUUCUUUGACAGAGAUACACAUAGUUGACUUUGGUGUUCAAGCUGUAUGA